GUUGUUCCCUUGGAGACGCCGUAGGUGAGCGUGGGGUGUGUGCGCGCAGUUUCCGCCCACACUAACCUCAACAGGAAGUGAGCGGGAGUCCAUCCGAAGUGUGUCAAAACAAACCGACAGCACAGCAGCUAACAGUCCACACCGCCAUCACCGUCACCACCACCAUCUCCAUCACCAUGGACGGCGUGCCGGCUCCUCUGCGGUGCUUCAACGAGCGCCACUCGGCCGAGAUGUUCGUGGAUGACGGGGUGGAGACGGUGACUUCAGUGGAGCAGAAAAAAGUGGAACAGAGCAUCGAAGAAGUCGUCAGUGUUUACAAGCAGAUCCACAGCUUACCACAGCCAACGUUGUUGCGGGAACAACACUACCUAUAUCUCAAGAAGGGCUUACGUCACUUAUCGGACGCUUACGAGUGUCUGGAUGCUAGCAGACCGUGGCUUUGCUUUUGGAUUCUUCACAGUCUGGAGUUACUAGAGGAGCACAUUCCUGCUGUUGUCGCCUCAGAAGUGUGUCAGUUUCUGGCUCGCUGUCAGAGCCCGACGGGGGGUUUCGCCGGCGGACCGGGACAACACGCCCACCUCGCACCUACCUACGCUGCCGUCAACGCCCUCUGCAUCAUCGGCACAGAAGAGGCCUAUAAUGUUAUAGACAGGGAGAAGCUGUUAGAUUUCCUAUGGUCAGUGAAGCAGCCCGACGGCUCGUUCGUGAUGCACGUCGGAGGAGAGGUGGAUGUCAGGAGCGCGUAUUGUGCAGCUUCUGUAGCGUCGCUCACAAACAUCCUCACGCCCAAACUAUUCGAGGACACGACCAACUGGAUCCUCAGCUGUCAGAACUGGGAGGGCGGUCUAAGCGGCGUGCCGGGUUUGGAGGCCCACGGUGGCUACACUUUCUGCGGCACGGCUGCCCUCGUCAUCCUGGGCAAAGAACACAUGCUGGAUCUCAAAGCUUUGCUGCGGUGGGUGAUCAGCAGACAAAUGCGAUUCGAAGGGGGCUUCCAGGGACGCUGUAACAAACUGGUGGAUGGCUGCUACUCUUUCUGGCAGGCCGGACUCCUCCCUCUCCUCCACAGAGCCUUAUUCAAAGAAGGAGAGUCGGAGCUGAGUCGGCAGCGGUGGAUGUUCGAGCAGCAGGCUUUGCAGGAGUACAUCCUCCUGUGCUGUCAGAGCCCAACAGGGGGCCUCCUGGAUAAGCCUGGCAAGUCCAGAGAUUUCUACCACACGUGUUACUGCCUGAGCGGCCUCUCCAUCGCGCAGCACUUUGGAAACACGGACCUCCAUCACGAGAUGAUCCUCGGCAUGGAGGAGAACAGACUGGCUCCAACUCAUCCAGUUUACAACAUUUGUCCAGAGAAGGUGGCUCGUGCCCUGCAGUUCUUUCUCCGGCUGCCCGUUCCCGGGGGCAGCAAGCAGCCGGAAGCUUCUGCUGAAGACAGACAGUCGGACCCCGCCGCCGACAACGACGCCACCGCCACCGGAUCAGCAGACCAGUCUUAGUUAGACCUCAGCGGAGACGUCACUGCGUGUGAACCAGCCAUCUCCGGGGAAUGGACUCGAACCGGCAAACCAGCGGUCAGGUCUGAUGUAGACGAGCCCAGGAACCGGUCGGAUUGGUCGACCCUCAGUAGAAACGAGGGCUGGAGUUUUAGGAGCAGUUUGCCUGAGUAACGGUCAGCAGUUGUGUGUGGGCAGCUUCGCAUUCAGCUGAAUUUCUUGCUUGCAAUGCCUCUUGUUUUCAAUCUGAAAUAAAAGUGAAACUUUCUACGGUUCCAGUGUUACUGUAAGUUAAUAAAACUUUCUAUAGCACUUUUCA